UUCUAGAGAUCUUUGUAGUGGGAUUUGCUGGCUAAGAGUAGCUUAUAAGCAUAUCUCCACUUAAGCCAAGUUGCUGCAUCUGCUUUCUUAUCCUUUGCCAUUUCCAUCGCUCUCUCGUUCUUCUCUCUGCUCAUCACUGUAACGACGGCCUCUCUCCUCUGCAUCAUUUGAUCUGAUUUCGAUGGCUGCACCACCUGCUAGGGCUAGAGCCGAUUACGAUUACCUCAUCAAGCUUCUCCUUAUCGGUGACAGCGGUGUUGGUAAAAGUUGUUUGCUUUUGAGGUUCUCUGAUGGCUCUUUCACCACUAGCUUCAUCACCACCAUUGGGAUUGAUUUUAAGAUAAGGACUAUUGAGCUUGAUGGCAAACGCAUUAAGCUUCAGAUUUGGGAUACUGCUGGUCAAGAACGUUUCCGAACCAUCACCACUGCUUAUUACCGAGGGGCAAUGGGGAUUUUGCUGGUGUAUGAUGUCACUGACGAGUCAUCCUUCAACAACAUUAGGAACUGGAUUCGUAACAUUGAACAGCACGCUUCGGAUAAUGUCAACAAGAUCUUGGUAGGCAACAAAGCCGAUAUGGACGAGAGCAAGAGGGCUGUACCAAAAGCAAAGGGUCAAGCACUUGCUGAUGAAUAUGGGAUCAAGUUCUUUGAAACGAGUGCAAAAACAAAUUUAAAUGUGGAAGAAGUUUUCUUCUCGAUUGCAAAGGACAUUAAGCAGAGACUCACAGAUACUGACUCCAGGGCAGAGCCUUCGACGAUUAAGAUCGGCCAAACAGACAAGGCAGCUGGAGCUGGUCAGGCUACGCAGAAGUCUGCAUGCUGUGGAACUUAAAAAAGUCGCAAAAUUUCUGAAUGUGAGGUGAGUGAAGUGAAAAAGAAAAACAGAUCGAUCUUGGGUGCUUUUGUAGUUCUUUUUACUUUGAUGAUUUGGGUUUAAGUUGGCAUUCUUAGCUUGUUUAUGAUGGUAAUAGAAUCUUGAAGAAAUCGUUCGUUCGUUCGUUCUCAGA